AUGACGUCCAAAAAUAAAUGUUUAACACUAAAUGAAAAAAUUAAACUAAUUGAGUCAAGUGAAAAAGAUAAAUUAACAGUAAAACAAAUUUGUGAACUUUUCAAAUGUGGAAAAAGUCAAGUGUAUAAUAUAUUAAAGCAAAAAAAUGAAAUAAAAGAACAAUGGAUGAAUGGAAAUGGGCGAAUGAAAAGAAAACCAAAAUCCAACGCUAAUGAAGAAAUUAAUAAUUUGACUGGGAGUGUUUGUAAGUGCUAG